AUGUACGCCCAGACUGUCUUUGCCCUCAUCAUCAUCAACAAGGCCGGUGGCUUAGUCUAUAACAAGACCUUCCACGACAGCGGUCUGCACAAGAUUAGCACAAACGAUUACCUGGUCCUGGCCGGUACUUUCCACGGGUGCGUCUCCCACCUCCGAUGUUUGCCAAUGCCCUUGGUCCUCCCCCUUAUAAAGAGUCUCCUGAGGGUUUCGCUGCUCACAUACACAGUGUCCACGCCAUCACCGCCAGACUCAACCCCAUUAAGCCCAUCACCCCCCAUCCCAGCACCAACGGCGUGGCAAUCCGCCCAGAGCCCUCUUCGGGCCUGGAGGUGCUGGAAACAGAAAACUUUCGAUUGCAGUGCUUCAACACCAUGA